UACACAUCACACGUUCUUGUAGAGCACACUUAGAUAAACAGACACUCCAUCACACAGCUGUCAUUGAACUUGUUAAGUCACAGCUGAGUUGUUUUGCUGUUCUUGUCUACAGCUGUAAGGCAGAUUCGCAUGACUUAAGGAAAGACUUCAUGGAAAAAAAAAUCUAAAUAGCUUUAUCUUUGCUGGGUUUUCAUCACAUCUGCCAUCAUGUACCUACUGACAGCUGUCCUGCUGUUUGCUUUACUUGGUUUCGUUUCCUGUGGUCUGUUUCUGGCACCUCUGAACAUGGGAGGAGUAACAGGGCAGGUGCACUUUAACUCCACCUCCCAAAUGGCCACUGUCAACGUGUCUGGCGCUGGAUCCUGUGGUUCACUUAACUUUUCCCUCAGCAGGUUCCCCGUCAUGUAUGGCCAUUAUGCUCAGCCCUGUUCUGAAGCAAAUAUUGGUUCUAGUGUUUUCACCUUCACAACAGAUCCUUCCUCAGAACCCACAGUCAACGUGUCGCUCCUCUUUGACCGAAGACCUAACCUUGACGACUUAUCGCUGACAUUGCAGACAUGUAACGGCACUCCAGUGUGCACUGUUGUAAGUCAAAGUCAAACAGAUGUGACUUAUCAGGCCAGGUUCACAGGAACCAUCGCUGGUAAUGUUUACAUGCGUGUUAACAAAGGACUGGCUGAACCCAGGGUGCUUGCAGACCUAAUUACCACCGGUCAAGUCAAUGCCUCUCAAACCAACGUAACUCUCUAUGGAUCAACGAGCACAGCCACCAGCUGUAACGUUCUUCUUGGAAGCUUAAAUGUCUCAGCUUUGAUGAGUAUGGGUAUCGUUAAAGUUGGAACACCUUUAACACCUGAGAAAUCCCGUCUGGACUUGACCAGAUUCAACAUCAACAAUCGCUUUCUUCUCAUCCGCACGGGGUCAACUUACAAGUGUGCUCAGAUUUAUAUUGUGCCCGAGAAACAAGUGAGCGCCGUUAUGAACAUGAGAGGCAUAAAAGGAUAUGUCAUGUUCCGUCAGGCUUCCCCGUUUGAUGUGACCGAGUUGAGGGUGAAGCUGACCAACUUGCAGAGCAAAGUCGGGCCUUUCCACGUCCACAAUUUUCCUCUUCCAUCAGUCAGGUCGCCUUCAUCAAGCCGGUGUUCAAAUGAUGCUGUGGGGGGCCACUGGAAUCCAUUUAAUGUCAACAAAAACGACCCAACAUACCCCAACGGGCCCGGUUCAACCCACGACAUGUAUGAAAUUGGUGAUCUCAGCGCCAAGCAUUUGUCCCUUGAAGGUAGAAACGAGGUGGACAUGAUGUUCCCAGACUUCAGUCUCCCUCUGUAUGGAGAGAACAGCAUUAUAGGUCGCUCGGUUGUGAUUCACCAAACAGACGGUUCCAGGUAUGUUUGUGCCAGCAUCAGCUAUCCCGGUGAAGUUAUCGUGGCCAGAGCCAUAUUUCAGAGCCCUGUGGUUGGUGAGAUCUGGUUCACCCAGCUGGCAAACAACCCUCUGUCUGACGUUUCCAUCUUCAUAGAUCUUUCAUAUGGAAAGCUCUCAACAACACCAACUGGAAACCACAACUGGCAUGUUCACACCUACCCCAUCAGCUCAGAGAGGGAUGACGAUAGUACACGCUGCAGCACAACAGGAGGACACUGGAACCCCUUCAACUCUAAUGUAGGAGACAGCAGCUAUGCCCUCCACUGUGGCCCUACCAGGCCCCUGUCCUGUGAAGUGGGAGACCUCUCCAGCAAACACAGCACCAUCAACCUAGGUACCAAAGUGGGCGGAGUGGAAGCCAAACACUUUUUCACUGAUGUCACUUCCUGGUUGUCCGAGACAGGCAUUAUUGGUCGUUCUGUGGUCAUCCAUCAACGAGAAAAAGGAGGACCAAGGAUUGCUUGUGCAAAUGUCACCAAGGUGCGAGUCCCCAAAGCUAGCUUGGGAAGUUGGUUUGGCUUCCAGAUCCCAGGUGGACAGGUCAGAUUCUCCCAGGAUGUCCCACAAGGCCCCACGACUGUAAAUGUAGCCCUGAAUAACCUGAAGUCCAUGGCUGGGGGCUACCAUGUUCACAUACUGCCCAUCAAACCUGGCAGUGCCUCACCCUGCUCAAACGCAAACAUCCUGGGCCACUACAACCCGUUAGCCUGGAACGUAUCAAACAACCCCCCACCUGGAAAUGGCACAGUGGACCAAUAUGAGAUUGGGGACAUGGGCGGGAAGUUUGGAACUCUAAAUGACCUCAACGAGGUUCAGGAUGUAUACAAUGACCCUGACCUGCCAUUAACUGGACCCUACAGCAUAGACGGAAGAUCACUGGUGAUUCACUACUUGAACGGAUCAAGAAUGCGGUGUGCUGACAUCUCGGCAGACAGAGAUACAGACGGACAAUGGAUCAUUGCUAAGGCUGUUUUCAAUGGUGCAGUGAAUGGGACAGUCAAAUUCCGCCAGCAGGUGUUUCCUGAUGGGAGCAGCAGUGAUAUAAAGCUGGAGGUCAACCUUCUCUCAUCGAACAGACUAAAUACUGUGGCAGACCUGUUCAUCACAAGCAACCGAGCCGGCAGCACCAGCCAGUGCCGCAGUGUGGGAGACACUUUCAAUCCCUUCAACAUGACAUCAAAGAGCUCAAGCUGUUCUCUUUUGAACCCUAUGAGCUGUGUGGUGGGAGAGGUGUCGGCGAGACAAGGCCAGGUCAGCCUGAGUGAGGGACAGCUGUUUACUGACAGCAUCAUCCAGCUCUCUGGAGACAAUACAGCGGUCUACAGAUCUGUAAUGCUGAAGGACGGAAACAGCAUCAUUGCAUGUGCAGACAUCCUCCCAGAAUCCCCUUCAGCUGAGCAGAUCUUUCCCACAGUGACUAAAUUCAGCAGAUUUGACUUCCGUAGGAGGGUGGCAGAGGUCCUGCAGUUGGAGACAGCGAGAGUCACCAUCAUGCCCGGCUAUCCUACAUCUUCAGCUGAGGGGAGGUGCAACCAGGUCAACUACAUGGUGUCUGGGGGUGUCAGCGCAGAACUUCUGAAAUCUGUCAAAACCAGUGAGAAGAUGGGCAUGUUCAGAGAGUCUGACUCAUGCACAAAUUUGAUGCCCUCAGGAAAUGCAAGUCCGCUGUCAAUGCCAGGAAGUUUUCUUCUGGGCUUGAUGUUGGUUGCCAACCUCCUGAUGUCCUCUACAGUCUAUUAAAAGCUCAGAAAAAUAGCAACAACAUGUAUCAUCAGCCGGGCCACAUGGAUCCACAUAUUGUAAAAUUGUGAAUAUGUUUAUGAAAUGUAGCCCACAAAAUGGUACUAUCGGCAUCUGAUUUAUUCACUAUCAAAUAAUACCCUAUUUCUUACUUUCUGUAGCAAUCAUUUUAGGCAACAAGCCUUUCCUCAGCUUUUCAUUGUAGCCUUUAUAGAAACUUAUUUGUGCUAGCAACAAAUAGGUCUCAUUUUUUAUUCACUGUUGAAUGAUUGGGUGCGGUACAUUUUCAGAUAUCCCAAUUUUUUUGUUCUUCAAUUAUGCAUCAUCCAUAUAUUCACGUCAAAAUGUGUGUAAAUAUCUGGAAAAUUGUAAAUAAAAUGCAAUAAUGUUUGUA